AUGAAGAUUGAAGGGGGAAGAUCUGUUCUUCUCUUUCGUGGGUUGGUUGCUCUACUUUUGCUAUACAUGAAACCAGCCCUUGGUAGGGAUGAGUGUAUAGAGAGGGAAAGACAAGCUUUGCUCAAGUUCAAACAAGGCCUCAUAGAUGACUAUGGUCGUCUCGAUUCUUGGGGCAGUGAAGAUAAUAAAAGAGACUGCUGCAAAUGGAGAGGAGUCCACUGUAGCAACCGAACCGGUCAUGUUAUCAUGCUCGAUCUUCGUGGCCCGUGGUUCAACUCAAAUUUUGGUUCCAAACCUCUGAAAGGUAUGCUUAGUCCUUGCCUGCUUCAACUACAGCAUUUGAAUUAUCUAGACCUCAGUUAUAACGAAUUUGGAGCUAGCCACAUCCCAGAGUUCUUUGGUUCCCUCAGCAAAUUACGAUAUCUCAACCUCUCCUAUGCUGAAUUUGGUGGAGAGAUUCCUAGACAGCUUGGGAACCUUUCCAAUUUGUGGUCCCUUGAUAUCAGUGGCAGCACGGCAUUUUAUUAUGAUGUUAAAAACCUUGACUGGCUUUCUAGUCUUCAUUCUUUAAGACACCUUGACCUGAGUGGUGUUUUCCUUGGUGAAGUAGUAGAUUGGGUAGAAGUAAUCAGCAAGCUUCCUCAUUUAGUAACCUUAAGAUUGCACGAGUCUAAAUUCCCAAACAUCAUUCCUUCAGCUCUUCCUUCAAUUAAUCGUUCUACAUCCCUUGUGGUCAUUGAUAUCUCUACCAAUUCUCUCACUUCUUCAAUAUACUAUUGGUUGUUUAACUGUAGUAGUAGCCUUACUGAUAUCAACCUUGCGGGUAAUGAAUUAGAAGGUGUGAUUCCCGAUGCUUUUGGGAAAAUUUUAUCCCUUGAAAAUCUUGAUCUUUCUCUAAAUCAACUUGAAGGUGGCAUUCCAAAAUCUUUUGGAAAUUUGGGUAAUUUACGAUCAUUAGAUUUGUCAUCGAACAAGUUUAGUGAAUCACUUCCUAAGUUUCUGCAGAACUUGUACGGGCACGCAGAGAACUCAUUGGAGAUUUUAAGGGAGAACCAACUUUCUGGUUCAUUGCCUGAUAUUACAAAAUUUUCAUUCUUGAGGGAACUAUAUGUUGAAUAUAAUCAACUGAAUGGGUCUUUCCCUGAAAGUUUUGGACAACUUUCUCGUCUUGAAGUUUUGGUACUCUAUCGGAAUCAGAUGAGAGGGUCAUUGCCUGAUCUAACACCACUUCCAUCAUUGAGAAAAUUAAAUCUAUUUGAAAACCAAUUGACAGGAAUUAUUCCUAGCAGUCUUGGACGGCUUUCCCACCUUGAGUUUUUGGACGCUUCUUCAAAUUUCCUGGAAGGUGUGAUCUCUGAAGUCCACCUGUCAAAUCUUUCCAAACUACAGUAUUUAGACUUGUCUUUCAACUCACUGUCUCUGGAUUUUAGUUCUGAGUGGGUUCCUCCUUUUCAACUAGGUGUUGUGAGAUUGGCAUAUUGCAAGUUGGGACCUCAUUUCCCAAACUGGCUUCAGAAUCAAAAUAACUUUACUGAGCUUGAUAUUUCUAGUGCUGGAAUUUCAGACACUACACCUAAUUGGUUUUGGGACCUACCUCCUAGAUUACAGUAUCUUAACCUAUCCUAUAACCAGAUCAAUGGUCUGUUGCCCAAUUUAUCAUUCGAGUUCACUGAUGUUACAAAUAUAGAUUUAUGUACAAACCUUUUUGAGGGUCCAAUACCAGUAUUUCCUCCUAAUGUUUCAUCACUGAAUCUCUCCAAGAAUAAGUUUUCAGGGACAGUUACUUUAGUAUGUGCAAUUAAUGGUGGGGAUUUGACUUAUCUUGACCUCUCAGAUAACCAACUAUCAGGAAACCUUCCAGAUUGUUGGAUGCACUUGGAUGGAUUAGUUGUUCUUAAUUUGGCAAACGAAUAA